ACACCCCAUUAUCCACUCGGUCACACAAUUAGAACAGAACAGAAAAUUUGCAAAAGUGUGAAAAAAGGCUGAGGAAAGAGGGUGACAGAAUAUAUUUCUUCAAGUGGUAGUUCAUUCGAGAUAGACCGAAAGAAGAUCGACAAUUUUCGUCGAUAAUAUUAACAAAUAAUUGGAGAGAGGAGAAGAAGAAAAAAAAAAGGGUGCGAAUAAGGAGAAGAAUUUUUUUGGGUGAUUGUGGAGAAUCGAUCGAUGGUCGAUUGGCUGCGGCGGAUCGAGAGCAGCCGCGAUGUCAACGUUACACCGGUCGUUGACACAGUUCCACGCUUGAAAUUCGGACCAGUGUCCAGUUGCUCCAGGGAUUCGAGACGGUGCAGGGGUUGUGUGUGCAUGAGAGAGAGAAAGAGAGAGGAUGAAGACUGAAGGUAACAACGGAUAUCUGAGGGCGAACGUGAUCGGCGAGAACGAGAUAUCACUAGGUUCCGAUCAGGACCCACCUGCGACCAGUCCUCUUCAGGUGACCUAUGGCCCCUGUGGAAGCACGACGACCACGGUUCUCCAGCAUCCCGGAAACAACCGGAGACCUCUAGGAAGAAUGAUGCGGGAGACGUCGAUCACACGCAUACAAAGAGGCCCGGCAAACAGGCAACUAUUACUCGGCGUGCUCGCCCUCACUCUCCUUGCCACUUGCCUCUUCAUUCUGCUGUUACUGGCGUUGAACACGAGCCGCGAAUACGUGCAGGAGACCUGUGCAGACGUUUGCAUGACAGAGGAAUGUGUCAGAACAGCCGCCAGUCUUCUGUCAGGUAUGGAUCGAACAGCUUCCCCCUGCGUGAAUUUUUUCCAGUACGCCUGUGGCGCCUGGAAUCGUCUUCACGUGAUCCCAGAGGAUCGAUCCUCGAUCAGUACGUUCGAGGUGCUGGCAGAUCAGCUGCAGGUGAUCCUGAAACGUGUUCUGGAGGAACCACCGAAUCAAAGGGACAAUAAUGCCACUUUAAAGGCGAAGAUGUUCUACAGAUCGUGCAUGGACAUCCCUCAUAUAAGAGAAAUCGGUGACAGCCCUCUAAGAGAGACGUUGAAGAUCCUUGGUGGUUGGCCUGCGGUGGUUGGACCAUCCUGGGAGCCACCACCGUACUCCAUAGAGGUUCUCCUUGGUCGACUGCGCGGGGAAUACAACGAGGGAGUGUUGCUGGAACAGUGGGUCGGGCCAGAUGACAAGAAUUCCUCAGCCAACAUCCUCCAGCUAGAUCAAAUGCACCUGGCUUUACCGAGUAGAGAUUACUACCUGAACAAGAGCAGCGAGCCUCAAUUAAAGGCGUAUCAUCGUUACAUGACGAAUGUAGCCGUGUUACUUGGUGCUAAUCCCGAGACUGCCGCUGAAGAGUUCAAAUGUGUAAUCACGUUGGAGAAACAGCUCGCAAAUGCGUCCAUGGUGGAGGCAGACAGGCACGACACCUCCUCCAUUUACCGGAAAUUGACGCUGGGUGAGUUGCAGCGUGAAAUUCCGCAAUUGAAGUGGCGUGCUUACCUUCAAGAGUUCAUCAGCGCUCCAAUCACGGAAGAGGAGCCAAUAGUGGCUUACGCCAUGCCCUAUUUCGUGCAAAUGGGCCGUAUUGUGAAUGCUACAGAUCGCAGAACAUUGCAUAAUUACAUACUCUGGAGACUAGUCAUGUCGAUAAUGCCCCACAUGAUAGAUGAGUAUCAACAGAAAAGGGUCGAAUUUCAGAAGAUCCUGCUGGGCAUAUUGAGCCAGAGGAACAGGUGGUCCCAGUGCGUAGAGUGGACGAACAAAAAACUCGGCAUGGCCGUGGGCGCAUUGUUCAUUCGCGACAACUUCAAUCACGAGAGCAAGGAGACGGCACUCGAGAUGAUUCGUACAAUACGAGAGGCGUUUAACGAAUUACUGGCGGAGAAUCACUGGAUGGACGACGAGACCAGAGCUGUGGCUAAAAGUAAAGCUGACUCUAUGAACGAAAGAAUAGGAUAUCCUGAAUUUCUGAAGGAUCCGGUAGAACUUUCAAAGGAAUACGUGAUGUUGAACAUUACCGAGACUCAUUUCCUCAAGAACGUGCUGGCUGUGAUGAAGUACGACGCUUAUCACAAUCUAGAGAAACUACGGAAGCCAGUUGAUAAGGACAAAUGGUCCACAGAUCCUGCUGUCGUGAACGCCUUCUACAAUCCCAACAAAAAUGACAUUGUCUUUCCAGCUGGAAUUCUUCAGCCACUAUUCUAUUCCCAGCACUUUCCAAAAUCAUUGAAUUAUGGUGGAAUAGGUGUGGUGAUUGGCCAUGAGCUAACUCAUGGCUUUGACGACAAGGGACGCCAGUUUGACAAAGAUGGCAACAUGAUGCAAUGGUGGAACAAUGCCACUGUGAAAGCUUUCAGACAAAGAGCUCAGUGCAUUGUGGAUCAAUAUUCCAGAUACAAAUUGCAAGAAGUCAAUGAGUAUAUUAAUGGAAGGAUGACUCAAGGAGAGAAUAUUGCAGAUAAUGGAGGGCUUAAACAGUCUUUUAGAGCAUACAAAAAGUGGGUAUCAAAGCAUGGAGAAGAACCUCUGCUUCCUGGUGUGAAUCUCACUCACGAUCAGCUGUUCUUUUUGAACUAUGCUCAAAUUUGGUGUGGUUCCAUGAGACCAGAGGAUGCGCUCACGAAAAUACGUAGUAGCGUUCAUUCUCCUGGUCGCAUAAGGGUUCUGGGUCCCUUGUCCAAUAGUGAAGAUUUUGCCAGGGCCUACAACUGUCCUCCAGGCUCGCCAAUGAAUCCGGAGAAAAAGUGUAGCGUUUGGUGA